CGUGAAAAUUCAAACACAAGAAGCUUAGUCUGUUUUCUAGCUCUCAUUCACAAAGUAAUCAUAUAACUUGUUAAUUCUCUCUAUUAUUUUUCAUUAAGGCAAAUGGGAAGGUCACCUUGUUGUGAGAAAGUGGGAUUGAAGAAAGGGCCAUGGACACCAGAAGAAGACCAAAAACUCAUGGCUUUCAUUGAAAAAUAUGGCUGUGGCAGCUGGCGUGCUUUGCCUGCUAAAGCUGGACUAAAGAGGUGUGGAAAGAGCUGUAGACUAAGAUGGAUAAAUUAUCUAAGACCAGAUAUCAAGAGAGGAAAGUUCAGUUUGCAAGAAGAACAGACCAUCAUUCAACUCCAUGCCCUUCUUGGAAACAGGUGGUCAGCUAUAGCAGCUCACUUGCCCAAUAGGACUGACAAUGAGAUAAAGAACUAUUGGAACACACAUUUGAAGAAGAGAUUAACCAAGAUGGGCAUUGAUCCAACUACUCAUAAACCAAAGACCAACAUUUUUGGAAAGGAUGCGGCAAACCUAAGUCACAUGGCUCAGUGGGAAAAUGCUCGUCUAGAAGCUGAAGCUAGACUUGUUCGUGAAUCCAAGAAACAAAUUUCCAACCAAUUUGGUCCUAAUUUGGCUACCAAACCAAUAUCUUAUGGCAACCAGAGAAACAUUUUGCCCCUUCAAACGAAAAUACCACCUUGUCUUGACGUACUAAAAGCAUGGCAAGGGACUAAUUGGACAACAAAGCCAAAAACAAAAGACAUGACUUCAUCAGUUUUUUAUCCUUUCUUUGAUUCUCCAACAUCAACGUCAAACUUAUCGAACAACAACUUAUUCAUGGUACCAAAUAAUAAUAUUCCUGGAUUAGUGGACAUGAAUUCGUGUUUGGUUGCAGCAAGUAAUUUCGUGGAAAACACAAAGGAAGAAGUUCAAACAGAGUGGAAAUGCUACGAGAAAUCAAACAACGAAUUACUCAGCCAGAUUAACGAUAUUUCAUAUUCUAAUGAUUCAUCAACUUAUAAUAUGAGCAUAACAGAUCAAUCUUCAUUAUGUGUGAUUCAAGGGUUCACGCACUUGGAAAAUAUUGUUGGAAGCUGCGAAGACAAUAUUUUUGAAGACGACAACAACAACAAUUAUUGGAAUACUAUACUAAAUUCUUGUACUUUACCUGCUGAUUCACCAGUAUUUUAAUUAAGUGGCCAUGUAAUAGCUAAUUUAAUAGGUUUAAUAUUAUGACUUGAUUAGGAAAUUCUACCUUAGACUAGAUUUUUAAACCUUGGUGUUGUUGCGACGAGCAUCUAGUUCGCGGACCUAGUCUAGAGAAGAAUUGCCUGAGAAUUUUACAACCAAGAGAAAAAGAUUAGAGCUUUUAAGAAUUUAGGGGAAUAACUAUAUUGUACUAGUGGUCAGUAGCCCUUUCAUAGUUUUAUUAAACUCAUUGUCAGUGCUAUUAAAUUGAAGUGCUUCGUGUUUAUUGUUGGUGGCCAUUUUCAAGGAUUUGGUAUAUGUACGAUGGAUCCAUAUUCAGAGA